CUCCAAUCCAGUCCCUGGAUAGAGGGGUAUAUUUUUUAUUAAUUGUUUGUUUGUUUACUUGAUUUUGCCGUUUUGAAACGUUCUAGCAUGCGUCCGUAACUAUGUUGGCGUAUCGGUCCAGUGGUGGCUCAGAAGAACCGGGUCUCAGUGAUGCCUUAGCGUUGCGUUACGUGCGACAGAGCAAGCAAACCUAUCGCAAAGUUUCCCUAUUGUACAGUAGAUGAGUGCGCGUGGACUUUAGGAUAGUCCAGUGCGUCAGGACACUUGAGUCUGUCCUCUUGACAACACUACUUCGUCGGUGUCUUGAGUUUAGCUUUGUUUUUGGGUCAGUCAAACACGGAGGACUUUCCGUCGUGUCUGUGGACAGACAGGUUUAGUGGAUUUACGUUGUAUCCAAGGAAACGGAAGAUUAGAAGCUGAUGCUGUUGAGGUGAUUCCUGAACCGUUCCGAGUCCAUCUCUCUCCCUCGGCUCUGUCUCUACAUGUGCCCAGGGAAGCACGGAUAUAGCAGAGGGCCACUGUGCUGAAGGACUUGGUGACAUCAGGAACUCCUGCCUUGGUUCCCUCCAUUGUGUCUGAUGGAUCUCAGGCUUGUCUCAUUGACGCUCGGAACACUACUUAUUCUCGUGACCUCUGGGCCACAGCCAUCCGUUGGACAGAAGGUUUACACCAACACAUGGGCCGUCCACAUCACAGGGGGAGAGCAGGAAGCCAACCGGAUCGCUAGAAAGCAUGGCUUUGUAAACCACGGGAAGGUUUUUGGAGAUUUUUAUCACUUCAGGCACCGCAGAGUGGUGAAGAGGUCUUUAUCAGAUCACAGAGGAACACACAUUCGUCUGCACACAGAACCUCAGGUAAUGUGGGCGGAACAGCAGGUGGUGAAACGAAGAAAGAAGAGGGAUAUUUACUAUGAGCCGACCGAUCCGAAGUUUGCACAGCAGUGGUACUUGUACAACGAAGAUCAUCGUGACCUCAACGUGAAGGACGCCUGGAAGCAGGGUUUUACUGGACAAGGCGUCGUCGUGUCCAUAUUGGAUGAUGGAAUUGAAAAAAAACACCCAGAUCUGAUUCAAAACUAUGAUCCAGAUGCUAGCUAUGAUGUUAAUGAUGGCGACCCAGACCCUCAGCCUCGAUACACCCAACUCAAUGAUAACAGACAUGGGACACGUUGUGCUGGAGAGGUUGCUGCUGUUGCCAACAAUGGCAUGUGUGGUGUCGGAGUGGCCUACAAUUCCAAGAUCGGAGGUGUGCGCAUGUUGGAUGGAGAGGUCACUGAUGUGGUGGAAGCUCAGUCCCUCAGUCUCAACCCACAGCACAUUGACAUCUACAGCGCCAGCUGGGGACCUGAAGACGACGGCAAAACGGUGGAUGGACCUGCAAAGCUGGCCAAAGAAGCUUUCCUACGAGGCGUGAUGGAGGGCCGUGGAGGACGGGGCUCCAUCUUUGUGUGGGCUUCGGGGAACGGCGGCCGAGAGAAGGACAGCUGCAACUGCGACGGCUACACCAAUAGCAUCUACACGCUGUCGAUCAGCAGCAGCACGCAGAACGGCAACGUGCCCUGGUACAGCGAGGCCUGUUCGUCCACCCUCGCCACAACCUACAGCAGUGGAAGCCUCAAUGAGAAACAGAUUGUCACUACAGACCUCAGGCAGAAGUGCACAGACUCCCACACAGGCACCUCUGCCUCGGCCCCUCUGGCGGCAGGAAUCAUCGCCCUCGCCCUUGAGGCCAAUAAAAACCUGACCUGGAGAGACAUGCAGCAUCUGGUUGUGAGGACGUCCAACCCUGCCCACCUCACCACUAAUGACUGGAAGACAAAUGGAGUGGGUCGCAGAGUAAGUCAUUCUUAUGGAUAUGGUCUGCUGGAUGCUGGGGCCAUUGUGGCUCUGGCAAAGAACUGGACGAAUGUUGGACCUCAGCGGAAAUGUGUCCUCUCCUUGGUGUCUGAGCCUAGGAAUAUUGGGAGUCAUUUGGUGAUCAAUAAGAGUGUGGAUGCAUGUGCUGGGACGGACAACUUUGUGAGCUCAUUAGAGCAUGCUCAAGCCCAGCUCACCCUGUCCUACAACCGCAGAGGAAGCCUGGCCAUCUUCCUGAUCAGCCCACAGGGCACCCGCUCCACGCUGCUUGCACCCAGACCUCACGAUUACUCCUCUGAGGGCUUCAGUGACUGGGCUUUCAUGACCACCCACUCCUGGGAUGAGGACCCUCGUGGAGAAUGGACGUUGGAGAUUGAGAACGUGGCUGGAACCAGCGACUAUGGCACUCUGACUCAGUUCACGCUGGUUCUCUAUGGCACAGCUUCUAGUUUAUCCGGCCCUUCAGCAGCAGACUCCAGCAGCUGCAAAACAUAUGACCUCAAUCAGAUCUGCACAGUGUGCAACCCCGGCUUCUACUUGCACAACAAGGGCUGCGUGAGAGACUGUCCAGCAGGUUUCACCGCAGGCACCCGCUCCAUUUUCCUCCCCAACAACGAGGUGACGUCCGUCCUCCGUCCCGCCUGCCAGUCCUGCGACCCCAUCUGCCUCACCUGCAGCGGCACGAGUCCUCAGAGCUGCCUCUCCUGCCCUCCUCACAGCCACCUGGACGCUGUCAGCGGCACCUGUCUGCACCAGAACCACAUCCAGCGCGAGUCUCCGGACGGCGGGCUGUUCCAGACGCAAGGAGGCGGCUCGUCCGUCAAACUGCACCCAAAGCUCGCCUCUCGCCUGCCUGCGACCGUGGCUGUGCUCAGCUGUGCCUUCAUCGUGGCUAUGUUUGUGGCCGUGUUCGGCUUCCUGCAGAUGCACACGCGCAAGCAGAACAAACUGCUGUCCGCCGAAGCCGGGCCAGGAUCCGGCUUACUGGUCGGGUUCGGUUUCAACCGCACCGCAGUGGCCUACAAGGGCAUCCCGAGCGUUUGGAGGGAGGACGAGGGCAAUUCCGAGUCCGAGAAUGAGGAAUUCGAGAUCCGCAAUGAGAGGAUUGGCUUCAUCAAAACACAAAGUGCUCUUUAACCCCUUCUUGCCCACGUUCCUCCACUCUCUAGCCUCUACUGCACUGGUGUCUCUUUUUUAGUGUGAUUUUCUUCUGGGGUUCGUCUGAGCAUAUCUCACUUCUGGGGGUUUUGGUUUGUUUUUCGCACCUGUUGUAGUUAUGUGAGCCAUGAUUCACCUGGGGGUUGACCUCUCUCGGUGCCUCAACAUGGAAAGCUUCCAAUCACAAGCGACGGGGAUGAGCCGAUGGUCACGGGGUUGUCCCGGAUUUACAAUAAACAUGAUUAUUGUUUGGUCUCUUCCUUUUGCCUAGUGAGAUUUUAAGAAACAACAAGAUUGAAUUAUUCGCAUACGAGAAAAACAAAGCUUUUCUUUGAGUGAAUGAGUGUGUGUGUGUGAGUGUGUGAGUGAAACUACGUUUAUAUGAAGUCAGUCAGUGCUCCAGUGGGUCGGAUCCACUGGCUUUGCGCAGGGAGCCUUUUAGAAGAACAUAUCACUAUUUCUACAUGAUCAGAUGGAGAGCAGAGCGGUGUGUUGUUAAACGUGUUUGAAGAGCUUACUGCUCCCCCUAAAGCAUCUACAUUGACAAAGUCAUGAUUAUUUUAUGUACAGUAGGCUGUUUAAAGGAAUAGUUCUCCAAAAGAUGAAACCUGACAUUAUUUGCUCACCCU